AUGUCAUCAACGCGACCCUACAUGGUACUCAACGAAGACGACGAGAAGUGGAACGACGAUGACAGUGAUAUUGAGCUUCUCGACUAUGAUUCCGAGUCCGAUCAUGAGAUCAUCGCGGGUAAUUCUCGUGAGGCCUCUGCUACACCAUCCAAGCCAACCGCGAAUGACGGAAAGAGCCGCGCGCACAAGGCUCGGUCCAACAACGACAUUUCUCUACCGGAUGUUGCGAUCCAGAGAUACAAAAUCAGCACAGGUUUCGUCAUCAAACCGGGCGACACAGUGGAAUUGAAAGAUCACUCGAAUCAAGAUAAGGGCGCUAUGCAUUCGGGAGACUUUCUACGCAUCAAGAGCAUAAUCAUGAACAUGGAGACGGAUGAUGUGCGACUCCGAGGGAAGACGAACGAGUUGGGCAUGGUCCUACGUCUUGAUGAAGAUGACCCGACAUCACCUUUUGUCGCUGGAAUGGAAGACAUCGAAAUCGAAGAUGUCUUACGAGUACGCGACUGUACGCUGACCAACAAACCCUACCCGUUACUCAGCUUCCGAUCCGAAGGUUGUGCUGCAUGGCCGAAUAGUAUGAGUAAAGACGAAGUCAAGCGACAGAUCUUCCAUGGAGGUAGGCUCACUUGCCGUGUCGUCAACAUUCUCUACAUAAGUGGCACAAGGACAAAGCCAUAUGGAGGCGUCGUUCGUCAUCUAUAUACCCACGAGGCGGAUGCGACUGGGACACCAGCUCAAACUUCAGAUCCCGGUAAUUCUCGCCAGACUUCGAUAUCGGUAGAGGAAACUGAAGAGGACGGAUACGUUGUCGUGAACCAGGCGCCUUCUGCAAAGAAGCGGCGUGCACGCGACGACUCUCCUGACUUCGAGAUCUUGGAACAAGAGCCAUCAAAGCGAAAGACUCAGCAUCCAUCGAAGCAGGGCCGUCUAGUGUUCGGAGACGUAUUCUGCGGAGCUGGAGGUGCAAGUCAAGGCGCUGCCCAAGCCGGGUACCAUGUUCAGUGGGGUCUUGACAAUGAUGAACGCGCGUUUGCUGCAUACCGCCUGAAUCAUCCUGGUGCAUACGCAUGGAAGAUGAAUGCGCACGAUUUCCCGCCGAAGGGUAUCAGCAAAGAGAGCUGGAAAGUCGACGUACUACACCUCUCGCCCCCUUGUUGUUAUUGGAGUCCGGCACAUACUCACGAUGGACCCAAAGAUCAGGAGAACUAUGAAGCCAUCUACACCGUUGGUCCGAUUCUAAACAAGGUCAAACCGCGUGUCGCAACACUUGAGCAAACCUUCGGCCUCGCAACUCACGAGCAACACAAGAGGAACUUCCUUAUGCUCUUGUAUGAUAUUGGCAAAGCCGGCUACGAUGUGCGCUACAAGAUUCAGGACCUAAGUCAAUUCGGUCUCGUACAGAAGCGCAAGCGUUUGCUGAUCAUUGCUGCAAGACGGGGUACACCUUUACCUCCCUUCCCAAAGCCCACGCAUGGCGCUUCAGGAACUGGUCUAAAGCCUUUCGUGUACAUCGACGAUGCCCUCACGCACAUUACCCGCCAAGGCAGGCGAGCUAUGAACGACCCUUACCAUCAACCGAAGUGGUUUCCCAUCCCCAGACCAGCCUAUAACCCGCGAACAUUCCUCCAAGGCUGCAUUACCACCGGCGGUACAACAGCUUGCCACCCCUCUGGCAAACGACACUUUACACCUCGUGAACUCUCUUUGUGCCAGAGCUUCCCAUACGUGUAUCAAUUCACCGGUGCCCAGGGCGAGGCCAAGAAGCAAAUUGGAAAUGCAUUCCCGCCAAUUAUGGCACAGGCAAUGUACCAGGUAAUUGCACAGACUCUAGAAGCCUUUGAAAAGGGCCUUAUCGGAGCUGAAGAUGAUCUCUCUGACCUGGAUACCAUUCUGAGACCCAGCGGUGAGAGCGUUCCUCAACAGCGACGUCUCGAUAGCUUCACCGGAAGCGCCAACAUACCUUUCAGGCCUUCUCGAACCGCCAGCCCUAGGGUGGCGAGAGCUACCGAGUCACGCACUUCAUCGCCCUCUACGCGCAAGCAUGGGUCCGAUUCGAUGCAAUCGCGCCGCAGGAAUGAGAAUAGCUUCCCGUCUAUGAAUCUCCUUGAUGGUGUACUGAGUGGCAUGAACAACUUUGCCAACAGAAGCACCGCUUCCGCCAGCAGGUCCACCAGACGACGUCGCGAGCCUAGUAUUCCAGGCGACGAUGACGAAGUCAUCUAUAUUCCCAGCGACAGCGAAUGA